AUGGCUGCUUUCGUUUCUAUUUCUUUGCUCAUCCCAUUUGCUAUUUACGGCUUGAACAUCUUCAACGGCAAAAUGAUAUUAUGCAAUGAUGGCGAAGGUGGCACGUCACUGACCCAAUGCUUUGGCGAGUAUGGCAGUACCCCUUUCAAGGAUGACUGGGUGAUGCUAGCUCCUCGCGUGGCAGCCAACUCAUAUUUCAAAUUUGACGACUUUGGUUCGUCGCUAUUUACACUGUACCAAAUUGUCAGCCAAGAAGGAUGGACAGAUGUGUCAUUUGCUGCGCAAGCUAUCACCGGGCGAGGAUUGCAGCCACGAGAUCUUGCCGCGCAGGGAAACGCCAUGUUCUUCGUUGUCUUCAACUUGCUGGCUACCGUCUUCAUUCUCACACUGUUCAUUUCCGUUUUCAUGCGCAACUAUACUGAGCAAACCGGCGUUGCCUUUCUCACUGCGGAACAACGAUCCUGGCUCGAAUUGAGGAAACUUCUAAGACGUAUCUCUCCGUCCAAGAGCUCUUACAAUGACAAGGGCAAGGAAUGGCAGCGUUGGUGCCACAAAAGAGCCAUAGAAAAACGUGGCAAGUGGUACCAGAUGGUAACAGUGGUGCUUAUUCUUCAUCUUGUCCUCCUCGUUGCGGAAUUCAACAACGAGCCGCGAUGGUGGGCUCGAACUCGAGAAUUUGUGUCUUUGUUAUUCGUGCUGGUCUACCUGAGCAACAUUGCAAUCCGCAUAUUCGGACUGGGCUGGAGCAGAUUCAGAAAAAGCUCAUGGGACCUCUACGCGUUGGUAGUGGUUUCUGGGGCGUUUAUCGCCACCUUGUCACUUUUGAUUGCCAAUACUCGUGGCGAGGCCUACGAACAGCUGUACAAAAUUUUCUUGGUCGCCAUCAUUCUCUUGCUCAUACCCCGCAACGACGCAUUGGAUCAACUUUUCAAAACCGCGGCAGCAAGCCUGACGGUGAUAAGCAACUUGCUUGCCACAUGGCUUGUUUUGUUCUUGGUGUUUGCUAUUGCAAUGACGCAGGCCUUCAGUUUAACGCGGUUUGGUGGGCAAGAAACCAGCGACCUGAAUUUCCGCACGGUACCCAAUGCUCUCAUUUUAUUAUUUCGAAUGAGUCUUGGAGAAGGUUGGAAUCAGAUUAUGGAAGACUAUGCCGGUAUUGAGCCCCCUCUUUGUGUGAAGGACUCGACCUUCUUCGAUAGCGACUGCGGAAGUAAGCCCUGGGCAAGAAUAUUGUUUGUGGCGUGGAACAUCAUGAGCAUGUACAUCUUCGUCAACCUAUUCGUUUCUCUGAUAUAUGAAAGCUUUAGCUAUGUAUACCAGCGAUCCAGUGGCAUGGCAGCUGUUGAUAGAGACGAGAUUCGUCGCUUCAAAGAGGCAUGGAGGAGUGUUGACCCUUCCGGAUCUGGGUAUAUCACGAAAGCUCAGUUUCCUCGUCUGCUCGGUGAACUCUCUGGUAUAUUUCAGAUGAGGAUCUACGACCCGGAAGACUCCGUCUCCAGAAUCCUUGACGACGUGCGCAACGAUGCACGACUCUCGCGUCAUUCCUCAAUCGUGGCUUCCAACGCCAAAGGCGACAUUGACCUCGGCAGACUUAACCAAAGACUAGCGAGUCUUGACGUUGAGAAAAUCCGAGCAAGACGCCGGGUGUUCAAUGUUUUUUUUGAGGAAGUUCUUGUUGCGGCAGAUCCUGAUCGAGGUAUUGCGUUCUCGGAUGUUCUGCUUGUUCUCGCCCACUACAAAAUUAUCAACGAUAGCAAAAGCCUAAGACUAGAUGAAUUCUUGCGAAGACGGGCUCGGCUUCAGCGCGUGGAUGAAGAAAUUCGACGAAGAACUGUUUUAGGUUUCUUUGACACCCUAUACUGGUCGAGGAAGUUUAAACAGCAUAUGGCCAUGAAACGUUCAGCACGCAUGACCCAGAUUCCCCAACUGAGUGUGCCGGAGAUUUUGGCCGCUGCUUCCCAGCAUCAACACGGAUCUGGAGUCGCCCAAGAGACCAUCCGUCUGGGCUGGCGAGAUUUCACCGCGAGACUCUGGCGCUCAGCAUCCGUUGAGCGUCCCCAGGACGUCGGGAGGAGGCUUAUCCCCGCCGGCGAGUCCUAUGCGGGCGAGCUUCCAAUUGAGUCCUUCGGAUGCUUCCAAUGUAGAAGCCGAUCGGAGGGGCAGAUCGUUGAGCCCUGCACAGGCUCGAGUGAAGCAAGCUUGGAUGCGGCUGGCUGCGCAGCUCUUUCAUCCCGACAAAUCCCUGAAGAUCGGAUAGCAAGCCAUGAAGCCGGUCGGCGUAUCUGA